CUCGCUUCUAUUCGUGAUUGUGACUUCUCCAAGUGAACUUGGCUACAAGGUUCAGAAGCUGCCUUUCUGCACACAAACUGCAACAAGAGGAACAGAACUGGUCAGAAAAGGAGAGGAUUUUCUGCUUUCUCAACCAUCACCAGGAGCAGAUAGGCUUUCAUUCAACCAACCACAGAGUCCUGUCUGCAACCAUGUGGUUCUACCUGGCUGUCCUGUUGGGGCUUUACUUCCUCCGCCGAUGGUACCGGGAGAGACAGACUGUGGAGAACCUCAGGGAGAAAUACGUCUUUAUCACUGGUUGUGACUCUGGCUUUGGGAACAAGCUUGCCAGGCAGUUGGAUGCCCUGGGCCUGCGGGUGUUGGCAGCCUGUUUCACCCAAGAAGGGGCAGAAGAGUUGGAGAGGCUGUCAUCUGAUCGACUGAAAACCACCAUCUUAGAUGUCAGCAGCAAAGAGAGUGUUGUGGCAGCAACUGAGUGGGUGAAAGGAAUUGUGAGGAGCAAAGGGCUCUGGGGCUUGGUCAACAAUGCAGGUAUAGGUUCUCCUAUAGCACCCACUGAGUGGCUGACCAAGGACGACUUUGCCAAUGUGAUAAAUGUCAACAUGCUUGGGCUGGUUGACGUGACGUUGCACAUGCUGCCCCUGGUGAGAGCAGCCAGAGGGAGAGUCGUCAACGUGGCCAGCAUGGCAGGAAGACUUGCAUUCUUCGGAGGAGGUUAUUGUCCUUCCAAGUUUGCUGUGGAAGCCUUCUCUGACAGCCUGAGGCGAGAGCUCCUUCCUUUUGGAGUCCAAGUCAGCAUUAUUGAACCUGGCGCUUUUGCUAAUCCCAUUGCCAAAAAAGCAGAAGAAAGCUUAAAAACUACAUGGAACCGGGUACCUUCUGACAUCAAAGAGACCUAUGGGCAGAAGUACUUUGAAUACUACUGUAAAAUGCUUGAAGGUCUCACUAAAGUAGCCAGCAAGGACCUGUACCUGGUCACUGACUGCAUGGAACACGCGCUGACAUCCCGCUACCCUCGAAGUCGCUAUGCUGCAGGGUGGGAUGCAAAGCUCUUCUACAUUCCUCUGUCUUACAUGCCAACCUUAGUGAUAGACUGUGUCCUGGCCGGCUCUGCCCCAAAGCCAGCACAGGCAAUGUAGAUCCUGUGCCAGAAAGGACAUAGUAAACAUCCAAACCAACCAACAUGCUGUAUGUAUGGAACUCAACUCCAACUGCAUCCUCCAAUGUCCUUAUAAGAUGGAGCUUCAGUCACGAGUAUCUGUUAGGAAACUGGGUUAUUUUUAAUUGAUUCAGUACUAUUGGUCCACAAAUUUAAGUUGCUGUUCUAAACCUCUUUAUCAAAGCAAGCCCUACUAAAUGCUGUGUAGGUCACAGGUUGCUUUUUGGCCCAAACCUAAUCCCCCAGCCAACUUUUUUGAUGGCUAGGCUGGCUGGGGGACUUCUAGAAGCUACAAUCAUAAGGAGUGUAUAGCAUUUCAUUUACAGAAAGUGCACAAGAGGGCCCUGGAAUCGUAAGGUGUUUGGUGCUGGAUGGGAAGAACAAUUGGAAGAAGAGCUCCUUUCUUUCCUUCCAGAAAUGACAGUCUAAAAAUGCAUUUGAUACACAAUAAGAUGGGAGAAAUAUAAAAUAAACUUUGGACCAAUGCAGAAACAGAUAUUUUAAAGUGACCCAUCUGGGUUCCUUCAGUGUUAGCAAUUGUUAUUGUCCCAGUAUUAGAGUCCUCUAAGGUCACAAAUUCUGUCAGGCCAUCAUCCAGCCACAAUUAUAUAUAUUUCAAUGAGCCAUACACCAAGAACCUUUUGCUGAUGUGGUGGAAAUCAUUGUAAGACCUUUAUCACAAAGAGGUUAAAGUGACAUGCAUGAAUUUUCUAUUAUAUCUGUCCCUUAGCAUAUUUCUCAAAAACCUUAGAACCCGAGCAGACAGACCAAAUGAAGCAGCUUAGGGCCACUUUGGAGGUAUACUGUUUAAACAAUGUAUGCCUCCUAAGAGGCUGGAAGCCACGCCAAAGCCACACUCUGGUCCUAAGGACUGGAAAACAGCUUCAGUGUGCGUUCCAGCCUCUUAGGACAUAGGCCCUGAGUUGGCUUUCUUCAUGACUUUGGCAGCUGAGCUUGUUUCUUCUUAAUGUGGCCUUGGCAUGAAAGGAGUAGACAUUUGCCAAGGUGCAUGGUAAAUGAUGAGUAGAAAUUGUCAUUCUGUUAUCUAUUGUUUAGCUCAAUAAACAAAACACAGGUAUAAUGAAGUGCACUUGAGGUGAUUUAUGGGAAUGGGACAGUAGCAUAUAGUCCAGAAGGAUUGCUCAAAUGGAGCUCAAUGCAGACCAGGAUGGCUACCAUGGGUGCUGCUCCAUUGUUGUCUUCUAGGGAUCACAAGGGGAGAAUGGAGGCAGUCAAUCUGCUUAUUAGGAUUUAUAACUUUCACACUUGUGACGUCUUUAUUAGCUUGCUGUGUCAAUGAAUGUUCAAAAAAAAUAAAGCUUUUCCACAAUGGUUGUUAUUGCUCAAAA